AUAUUGGUCCAGUUGCUUUAAGGUGUUGUAUAAAAAAUAAUACACCUAGGGGGCAUAUUUGAAUGAAUUAAUUUUGGAUUCAAUAAACAGAAAGCUUCAAACAUUAAAAAAAAUAUAGUAAAAUAAAAACAAGUCAUAGAAAGAUUUGAUAUUGAUGGUUUAUUUCUGGGUCGUUGAAUGAAAGCUAAUUGAUAAGGAAAGAUUGAUGGGUAAGAAGAAGAAGCCUCAAAAGACAAAGGAACUUUCAGUAGCAAUAGCUGAGGCUUCAUCAGCUGGUGAAGAGGUCCCUCAACAACAGUCUCAGCAGCCUCUCACUCCAAGAAAGAGAGGUAGACCACGAAAGACUGUUGAGAAAACUGAAACUGAAGAAAUAAAAGAAGAGGAAGCAGCUGAAGUUACUGAGACCCAAUCAAAGCAACUAAGAAUUACUGAGGAACAUCAUCAAAAAGUUGAAGAAGAAGAUGAAGAGCAACAAGAGCAAAAGCCACAACCAAAAGCAGAGGCAGAGGCUUCAUCAGCUUCGAUGGGAGGCAUGAAGAGAGGAGAGGAGCAAUCAGUGGCACCUAAGCAGCCUCCAACAAGGAGAACGAGAAGAAAAAGUAAACCAAGAAAGAGCAGCUAAAAUUGCUUCAAUUUGCCUUUAUAAAGUCUGGUAAAAUCCAUUUUUUUCUGCUUCUUCUUCUUCUUCUUCUUCUUUACUACAUAUAUGGUAGCUCCAAGAAAGGAAGAUUUUAAAAUGAAUUUAGCUUGUCAUGCUUGAGUAGGAUAAAGAUAAAGCUUCCAGCUUUUAUGAUGAAAACUUCUUGCUUUCAUCAAAUUUGUUGCUUUAUCAGUUUAUCCGUUUCAAAUGUAAACACAGAAAAGCAUAAUACAAAGGGCCUUGCUUUUUCUUUUCCUUUCUUAA